GAAAGAUAACAUCGGAGGCAAGAGGCGUUUUAACACCUCUCUGAAAGUCAACUGCCUCCCGAGUGCAUUCCUUGCCCUGAAGCUGACUCCUUUGGCUGUGGGACAGGGUGAUGCCCAAAACGCAUCACUUCUCAAGAAUUGGAUCAUGAACAACUUUAUCCUCCUAGAAGAACAGCUCAUCAAGAAAUCGCAACAAAAGAGAAGAACUUCUCCCUCCAACUUUAAAGUCCGCUUCUUUGUUUUAACCAAAACCAGCCUGGCAUACUUUGAGAACCGUCAUGGGAAGAAGCGCACAUUGAAAGGCUCCAUUGAACUCUCCCGAAUCAAAUGUGUCGAGAUUGUGAAAAGUGACAUUAGUAUCCCGUGCCACUAUAAAUAUCCAUUUCAGGUUGUGCAUGACAACUACCUCCUGUAUGUGUUUGCUCCAGACCGUGAGAGCCGGCAGCGCUGGGUUCUGGCCCUUAAAGAAGAAACAAGGAAUAAUAACAGCUUGGUGCCCAUGUAUCACCCUAAUUUCUGGAUGGAUGGACGGUGGAGGUGCUGUGCUCAGCUGGAGAAGCUCGCAGUGGGCUGUGCCCAGUACGAUCCGACCAAGAAUGCUUCAAAGAAGCCUCUUCCUCCUACUCCUGAAGACAACAGGCGAUCGCUCCAGGAACCUGAAGAAACCCUUGUCAUUGCCUUGUAUGACUACCAAACGAAUGAUCCACAGGAACUCAUGCUGCAACGCAAUGAGGAGUACUACCUGCUGGACAGUUCCGAGAUUCACUGGUGGAGAGUGCAGGACAGGAAUGGGCAUGAAGGAUAUGUACCAAGCAGUUAUCUUGUGGAAAAAUCUCCAAAUAGCCUGGAAACCUAUGAGUGGUACAAUAAGAGUAUCAGCCGAGACAAAGCUGAAAAACUUCUUUUGGACACAGGCAAGGAAGGAGCUUUCAUGGUGCGAGAUUCCAGGACUCCAGGAACAUACACCGUGUCUGUUUUCACUAAAGCCAUUGUAAGCGAGAACAACCCCUGUAUAAAGCAUUAUCACAUCAAGGAAACUAAUGACAACCCCAAGCGAUAUUAUGUAGCUGAAAAGUAUGUGUUUGACUCCAUCCCUCUCCUCAUCAAUUACCACCAACACAAUGGAGGAGGUCUGGUCACUAGACUCCGGUACCCAGUUUGUUCCUGGAGGCAGAAAGCUCCGGUCACGGCAGGACUGAGAUAUGGGAAAUGGGUGAUUGAUCCCUCAGAGCUCACUUUUGUACAGGAAAUUGGCAGUGGCCAGUUUGGGUUGGUGCAUCUUGGCUACUGGCUUAACAAGGACAAGGUGGCCAUCAAAACCAUUCAAGAAGGGGCUAUGUCAGAAGAAGACUUCAUAGAGGAGGCUGAAGUCAUGAUGAAACUCUCUCACCCCAAACUGGUCCAGCUAUAUGGGGUGUGCCUAGAGCAGGCCCCCAUCUGCCUGGUGUUUGAGUUCAUGGAGCAUGGCUGCCUGUCGGAUUACCUGCGCAACCAGCGGGGGCUCUUUGCGGCCGAAACCCUGCUGGGCAUGUGCCUGGACGUGUGUGAGGGCAUGGCCUACCUGGAGGAGGCAUGUGUCAUCCACAGAGACCUGGCUGCCAGAAAUUGUUUAGUGGGAGAAAACCAAGUCAUCAAGGUGUCUGACUUUGGGAUGACAAGGUUCGUCCUGGAUGAUCAAUACACCAGUUCCACAGGCACCAAGUUCCCCGUGAAGUGGGCAUCCCCAGAAGUCUUCUCCUUCAGUCGCUACAGCAGCAAGUCAGAUGUGUGGUCAUUUGGUGUGCUGAUGUGGGAAGUCUUCAGCGAAGGAAAAAUCCCAUAUGAAAAUCGAAGCAACUCAGAGGUGGUAGAAGACAUCUCUAGUGGAUUUCGCUUAUACAAGCCCCGGCUGGCCUCCUCCAAUAUCUACCAGAUCAUGAAUCACUGCUGGAAAGAGAAACCAGAAGACCGGCCACCUUUCUGCAGACUCUUGAGUCAACUGGCUGAACUUGCAGAAUCAGGACUUUAGCGGAGACUCAGUGCCAGGCCGCGGGCUGCAGAUCCUGAAUGAGGGAAGCAGAUUCUCCGUUCAUAGAGCAUUAAGAGCUGGCACCAGCCCAGGACUCCCCAGAGGCGGCUGGCCUGCGGCACUGGUCCCCGAGCCGCUUCACAGGCAGCGCCCUGGCAGGGGCUGGCCCCCCGCCCCAGGCAGGAGGCUCGGCCACUGACGUGGGAGCAAAGCCUGGGCAGCAGCGAUGUCUCCACCCUCCUUCCAGCCUCUUAUCAUCGUGUGUGGUGCACAAACCGCAAUCUGACAGCUUUCAGGCAACAAUUCUUGCACUUCUUAGAGAAAAGGAGAGAUGGGGUAGAACGAUGGAUUAUUAUUUGUGUCAUUAGUUCAAACA